AUGUUUUCCAUCCUUAUCUUCUGCUUUGGACCUUGGGACCGCCUUCUUCUCCUUGCACCUGUUUGUCAAGUCGAAGUAUGCAGGCCACUUUCCUGGCAAAUUCAGAAGAUUGCCUUCCUUAUCCCUUGCAUCAGGAUCCGGAGUGGCGCCAUUCUCAAAAAAGAGGACAGCCAUAGCUUCCGUAUUGGGAGGCACGCAAACCUCACCCUCAUAUGUUGCUUCCGAAAUGGUGCUAUGCGUGCGGAUCCCUUGCCUCCACCACUUGGAUGCGACAGCCACUUGUGCAAGGAAGCAGUUCCACCACCACACAGCCUUCUUCAUCAGGUCCUCAUGAGCAGCCUUUUCUUCAUCAGUGGCAUCCUCCUUUGGGGGAAUCAACACCUUGUCUCGGUUCAUAAUCUUCAAGAUGUCAUCCAUGGAGGGGAAGUCAGCCGUCCCCUUCUCCGCAACAAACUUCUUCACAUGGUUGAAGCACUGGCUCUGCACAUAGUUGCGGGCCUUGUUCAGAUGACGACAGACCUGCUUCCGCCAAAGGAUGUUGAACUGUUCGCGAUUCCUCUGAAUCCCUAA